AUGAUCACCGACUUCUCUGGCGUGUCCCUGAAGGGCAAGACUGCCAUUGUCACAGGUGCCUCUCGAGGUCUCGGAGCCGGCAUUGCCCUCCUCCUCGCCAAGCGCGGCGCCAAUGUCGUCGUCAACUACGUCUCCGAUAGCAGUGCGAAGCGCGCCCAGGAGGUCGUAGACCAGAUCAACAACCAGAUCGGCACGAAGGCCAUCCUCUGCCGCGCGGACGUUAGCAAGCUAGAGGAAAUCCCUUUGCUCGUUGACGCGGCACUGAAGAUCAGCGAAACCGGCAAGAUUGAGAUCCUGAUUCACAAUGCCGCCCAAGGUCUGGAAGCAAACCUCGUCGAUACCACUCCGGAAUUCUACGAGACGCACUUCAACUGCAAUGUCCGCGGUCCCAUCUUCCUGACCAAGACUGUUGUCCCGCAUAUUGCGAAGGGUGGGCGGAUUGUGUUUAUCUCCUCUGCUGGUGCGCGUCUGGGUGUUGCCGGCCAGACUGUCUACGCGGCUACCAAGGCCGCGGAUGAGGCGUUGGUGCGUGUCUGGGCUAAGGAGCUUGGCCAGUCGCAUAAUAUUACGGUCAACUGCGUUAACCCUGGCCCUAUUGCUACUGAUCAAUGGUUCCAGAGUGACGAGCAGUUCCUGAAAGACAUGCAGCCCUUGAUUGAGUCGACUCCGGCUGCGGCUCGCGUAGGAGAGGUGGACGAUGUUGCGCCGCUGGUGGCGUUCCUUUGUAGUGAUGAUGCUCGCUGGACCACGGGAGCAUGCUUGUCGGCUAAUGGUGGUCUCUACAAUUAG